UCACUUUCUCUCACUAGAUGGCCAAAAUCAAACCAGUCAAACGCAACUUAGACUCCUACACCAUCAGAGGCAUCAACACAGUCGUCAAACCUGGAGAUUAUGUGCUGUUGCGAUCACCGGAGAGCGAUACUAUUCCUUAUGUGGCUCAGAUGAAGAAGAUCCAGAUAGACAAUGAAAAUAACGUGACAGUUUGGCUAAGGUGGUAUUACCGGCCGGAGGAUUCCAUCGGAGGUCGUAAACUAUUCCAUGGUGCGAAAGAACUGUUCUUGUCCGACCACUACGACUUUCAGAAUGCUUUAACGAUUCAAGGCAAGUGUAUGGUUCAUUCUUUGAAGAAUUACACCAACUUAGAGAAAAUUGAAGCUGAGGAUUACUAUUGUCGAUAUGAAUACAAAGCUGCAACCGGUGUUUUUGUACCUAGUUGCGUUAGAGUGUAUUGUAAAUGCAAAUUGCCCGAAAACCCUGACCUUUUGAUGGUGCAGUGUGAGGAAUGCAAAAACUGGUACCAUCCUUUUUGUCUUGAGAUGACUAUUGAUCAAGCAAAACAAUUAGAUCCGUUUAUGUGUUCUGAUUGUAAUGGAGAGGAGGAUAAAAUUGAAAAAACGAAUGAAGUGAGUGAAGGAGACAUGCUCAAUUAUGAAGUGAAGUGA